AUGAGUUCGAGUCUGAAGAAGAUACGAGUUGGAGCCUUGAAGAUGGAAGGUGUGUUGGACUUUGACACAAUCGACAUGGAACUAGAUGAAGACCUUCUAAAGAAACAUAUUAGGAAAUGUAUAGAUGAGUUCUUGAACUCACUGUGUCAUGGCGAUGAAGAUGAAGACUUCAUAAUCCCUUUAUUUGAGAAUGUUGAAGAUGAUGAAGCACCUGUGGUAGAAGAACCUUUGGAUGAGGAACGGGAGGAGGAGGAAAAUGUAGAUGAAGUUGUGGAUGAAGGGGAAAAUGAUAGUGAGGUCGAGUUUAAAUAUUCCACCUAUGAUCCAAACGUGAAAUGGAAUAAAAAUGAAACCUCUAAAGGGAGAAAGGUAUGA